AUGCAGGACAGCAGUGCCAAUUCACUAGAGGUACCUACGGCGGUUCCUGCACCAGCAUCUGUACCAGCGCCCUCGCCCCUCACAUCGACCCCAAGCAUUGAAGGCGCUGCAGCUGCAGCUGCUGCUGGAGCUACAUCACAGGAUCAGCAACCUGCACAUGCAGCUCCUACAGCAGCGCCUAGCCCAGCAGUGAUGCCGACGGCUCCCUCGGGAUUGCCACCACCAACUGUGCAAACGGCAGCAACAACACCCACUGGGGCCUCAUUACAGGCGCAACCAUGUGCACAGGAUGGUGCCUCCUGCACGCCGGUCACGCCGCAUGACCCCAUCUGCGGGUACUUGCUCCAGGACCCAGCAUUUUUAGCUGCUGUAAAACAACAAGAUGCCUCUCUGGCGGCUCAGGCCGCAGCCAAAACUAUCAAGGGGGGUCCUCGCAGCACCACGUCAACCCGAAUUCUCAACAAGCUCCUCAACAAGCUCAGCAGUGUCCCGACUGAAGUUUUACCGUCAUAUUUCCCUCGUGUUCAUUUUAAACUCAACCUGCAUGCCAUCAUCAGCCGCAUCAAGCCGCAGCAAAGCGCUGCCCUGGCGUCCUUCAUGGCGGCGGGGGCUGGCGGCGGCGGCGGCGGCGGCGGCGGAGGAGGAACCCCCCUCCCGGCCCUCUCCUCGGGUAGCUACGUGGACGCUGCCGGCGGCGGCGGCGGCGGCCCUGGUGGCGGCGGCGGGCUCGGGUCAUUGCCGUCAGUGCCCGGAGCCGGAUAUUCCGGUGGUCCUAUGGUGGGGGGCCCAGUGCCGCCGGGGUCGGCGGCAGCAGCCGCGGCGGGGCCUGGAUCCGGACUGUGUGUGGGUAUGGGGGAGAGGCGGAUUUCGGAUCCAGAUGGUCGGUUCAAACGCGGCGGCAGCUGCGAGCCCUUGGAUCUCACGGGGUGCGGCUCGGGACGUGUACGGGAGCUUCGGAGGGGUGACUGUCGCAACGUGAAGCUGCAGCAGCGGUACUUGCAGCUCAUUCCCCCCCAACACCCCCUGAUGCUGGGACCGCCCGUCGUACAUCCGUCACCACACCCGUCACCGUCGCUGGGUCCGGGGCCGGCAGCGGCGGCAGGGCCGCCACCGCUGCCGCCGUCAGCAGCUCAGGCAGCGGGGGCGGCGGCACCGCCGCCGCCGCCGCUGGGCCUGCCGCCCCCUGGGGGCCGCCGCGGGACAUCCGAAACGGGUGGCAUGGGGCCACCUGGGAUGCCGUACAUGGACGAACAGGGCCGGCCGUACAAGCGGUUGCAGUUGGAUCCUUCCAUCCGUCCGGCAUUGCAGUUGGAGGCGCUUCCCCCGGCACGAGUGUCCUCCACUCCGGGUCGCGGCAGCACCCCGCGGGUGAAGGAGCUGGUUCGUGCCAUCCGCCGCGACCUGCUGGCACUGGAGGAGGCCGUACCGUGGAACUGCGUCAACCCCUCCUGGAAGAAUGCAAGGCCCGGCUGGCGGCGUAGCUUGCAGAGAAACGUGGAUCUGCACGAUGCCCUCAUGACGGAGAAGAGCCAGGGGCUGUUCGCCAGGCGGGGCGCGUGGGAAACCCGACUAAGGGAACUAGCAGAUGGCGGCAACAACUACGCCAGUCUGCAAGUACUUUGGUCGGAAAUGGCGGAGGGAAUAAAAGUGUGGCUGGCAGCAGGAGGGGGGGUGCCGCCACUCACGCCCGGGGGAGGAGGCGCUGGCGCUGCGCCCGGCACGCUGCCGUACACUAGGUCGUACGACGGUGGAAUGGCCGUGGAGCGUGGCGGCGACGGCUAUGGUGCCCAGCCUCUGAGCGAGGACGACUACUACAUGGCCGCUGCCACCGCGCAACAUCAGCAUCACCACUACCAACAACAACAACAACAACAACAACAACACAUGCCGUCGCCUUUCUUCGACUACGCUUCCGCCGUGGCAGCGCCGACCGGCGGUGGUGGUGGCGGCGGCGGUGGCCGCAGCACCACCGCCGGUGCCGCCGCCACAGCUGUAGCAGCGGGACGGCCCCCCGUCACUCCGUGGGUGAUGCGUUCCGAGCUGACGGUGCUCAUGCAGUCGUUGGAGGCGGAAGUGGACACGGACCUGGAUGAGGGGCCGGAGGCGACUGACGUUGAGGAUGAAGAGUAUGGCGGAGGUGGAGGAGGAGGAGGAGGGGAUGACAGUGACGCGGAGCGUCCGUCGGCGGCGUGUCGCCGGUGGCAGCGGCAGCGGCGGCGGCAGCAAAGGACGCAGUCGCUGCCGCUGGAUCGGGAGAGUGAGGAGCAGCAGCAGCCAGCACCGCCCGCGGACGCGGAGGGGAUAAGGGCAACAACAACAACAGCGGCGGCGGCGGUGGCGGCGGCUUCUGGAGAGGAGCCCCAGCAGCAGCAGCAGCAGGGCGGCAGGCAGGACUCGGAAGUGGGGCUGGCGGGGCCGGCGGAAGGGGAGGAGUCGCAAAAAAGGAUGGACGUCCCCGCCGACACCGCAACGUCUUUGCUGGCGGGAAAUUCGCCAGUCGCAGCUGAAGCGGUUGGGGACCCUCCUGCAGAAGCUACUGCCGCCGCUGCUGCCGCCGCUGCUGGCGCCGUCGUGACGCCCAUGGAUUUGGAUUCGGGAACGGCAGCGACGGCGACGACUUCCUAG